UUCUCUUUCUAGUAGUUUAUUUUACAGAUUCUAUAUGGUAUUAGAUAUCAAUAUGAGGUGAAAUGCUUCCUUUCAAUUUAAAAGUAAUUUUAUAGUUUUCUUUUACAAGUAAUUUUAAAGUUUUUGUUGUAAGUCGUACAAUGCUCAUACACGACUGAAUCUAUCUAAUCAAAUGGGUUGUCCUUUUGUUUUCAAAGUUUUAUUCCAGAUACUUAUGCUAAUUAUUUUGACAUAUGCAGGUUGUCUACUUUUCUGUCAUAAAAGAAAGCCACAGAUGAUGGAUGCUCAUCGAUAUAGGAGAAAAGCAAUGGAUGUUAUGGAUCAUGGAUCGGCUGCAGAGUUAGAAAGGAUUCUAUACAUCAAGGAAAUGCAAAUAGCCUCUCUAGAACUUGAGGUUCAUGCAUACAGGCACAAGCUAUUGAGCAUCGGACUGAGAGGAAUUAGUGAUUGGAAGGAAGAGAGUCCUGCUAAGAUUUUCCAGGCAAUGAGUUUAGCCCCAUCUGAAAUAUUUGAUCACUUGUCAACCUGCACCAUCAAUGGGAGCUUGGAGAAUUAUGAUGGCACUGAUAGUUUUGGCUCUAGUGAGAUGGAUGCAAAUCAGAGAAAGGAUUUAUGGCUUUUGGGUCGAGAACUGGAGACAGACGAGUGGCCAAAAGAUUUGAAUGAAUAUAAUGCAAUACUUGAUCGGAUUGGUUCUGACUUCGAGCCCAUGCGCAAUGUGGAUAUCUCAUCUUGUUCAAAGGACAAAGAUACUGAUUCUUGCUUUGAGAUUGAUCCGGAUGACCAUUGUAAAAAUGGGUUUAUGAAAAGAAAAGAAUCUGAUGGAGACAGAGAUGAUAAAGAGAUUUUAGUGAGCGAGGAGGUUCCAAUUACAAAUCAAUCUACUGGCUAUCAUGAGAAGACAGAAGAGCUCAAGCUGGAUUUUCCACUUGUGCAGCCUGAGGUCCAACAGCUUCAAAUAAGAUUGCAGCAUCUGGAGGAUGAUAUACAGUCGAUAAAGCAAACUGUUGUUGGGAGGGUGAAUGAAGAAUUGGGUUUGAUCCGACAGAUUUCUGAGAAGCUUAGCACCCAGCAAGAGCUUAAGAAAAUUCAAGAACUUGUGGAGAUGGAUGCCAGUGUAUUGGAGUGUGAGUCAAAGCCAGGUCUUGCCCAAAUUCUUCAACCGCAAGAGCUGAAAUCUUUCUUUCUUUGCAGAGCGACGAAAGUGAUUCUUGAGUCACUGCAUGCCAAAGCCCACCGAGAAGACCAGUGUAGAGAUUGCAGCAAAUGCACAUAACAGACUCUGAACAAUUAUACAUGAUAGACCAUUGAACACAUUAUUGCGACUAUAUUUUUUUUCUGUACUUUUUGCAGUAAUUUUCACCCAUUUUUUGUUUACUGAUCAACUGAAUGUUGGAUAUGGUGCAUUGAAGUUUUGGCCAUGUUUUGGUUCAAUGCAUGUUCAAUUUUUGUUCAUUAUUCUCCUGUGUAUGAGGUACUAAGGGGUUCUAAUCCUGUACUUUCUUAUG